UACCUCUAUUCGGCAUGUUCCCCCCGCUGUGUCUGGCAAUCCCCCGCCUUGGCGAGCACGCGGCUCCGGACUCUGUCUCGGGCUCCCGGUGAUCGGCUGAUCUCUCGGACUAACCGAUAGCGGGUGCAGCUAGCCGAGAGAGCCGAGAUAUCAGGCGGCAGACCGGCUCCGGGGCGCUGUGUCCCGGGUAACACUGGGCUGGAGAGCCGACAGGAUCUGAGCUCGGCGCUCUUUGUUUUCCCGGCAGGCACUGCGGUGGACAGCUAAAACUGACGCAACGUGGGCCGCCUCGGCGAUGGCUCUCAGUCCCAGCCUCAGUCUGCCUCCGCUCAAUAGGCAGGCCCAGGGUGCAGCGCGGUAACCGUAAUGGCGUCAUUUCACAGCGACCGGAAACCCAGUGAGAGGCUAGGCCGCGUGGUGACGUCAUAAGUGCGCGCACUCAGAGGCAACAGUAGCGGGCCAGAAGCCACAGUGUAUACAGCCUGGUGUUUGCAGUGAGGCUCGCAGAGGGUUCUGGGACAGGGCGGCAGUGAGGGCGAUCCCCAUCUGUGCUCAGUUACUGAUUAUUAACUCAGGGCCGGAUAGCGGACAACAUGCCCAAAGUUAAACGGAGUAAGAAAUCUCCACCGGACGGCUGGGAGCUGAUCGAGCCCACCCUGGAUGAGCUGGACCAGAAAAUGAGGGAAGGUGAGCAACAUGUUGCACACUGACUCCCACACACAGUAUUAUGGGACAUGUAGUCCACAACACCUGGAGUGCCGAAGGUGGUCUAUUCCUGCACCUAGAGUAUUGUUCAAUGGGAUUGUAGGAAUCAAAGUCCAAAUGGCGAAAUCUGAGGUUAAAAUUACUCAAAACUAUGAUAAUAGAGGAGUGGGUGAUUUUAAUUUUUUUUUAAUUUUUUUUUUAUACAUUUUAUUUUUUUUUCGUUCCAAAUCAGCUAUUUUUGCUCAGAGUCCCAUUUGGAUUUCAGUUCACUAGAACCAAGAGUUUAGUAAAUAAUUUAGCUCGGUAAUGUCUGAAUAGAAAUCUGAAUGGUUAAAGAUAGGCGAAUAUAUUGGAAAGCUUCUCUAAUUUUAACCCGGCCUUAUUUUUCUUCAAAACAUUGCAUUUAUGUUGCAUCACUUUCAAAUAUUUGUUUAUCUUGGCCUUACUAUGAAGUUACCUUUCAAAAAAAAUCUUUUUUUCUCAUUCAGCAAUUUUAUGUAAUAUUUUUUUUAUUCACAUGAGCAACAUUUGUUUAAAAACAAACAUUUGCAAUACUCAUUUACCAAAAUAAGUAUAGUUUAAAGGCACACGGUAGGCACCAAAAUAACUUUAGCUUAAUGAAGCAGUUUUGGUGUAUCGAUCAUGUCCCUGCAACCAUUUUUUUUUUUUUCUUUUCAUGCAGGCUGCGUCAGUCACAGCCAGUAGAGGUUCAGCUAGGGCUGCAUAAACUGAAGCAAACUUUAUUUUUCACUCCUAAAUGGCAGAGCACAAGAGCAGUGAGACUGCAGUGUCAUAAUCUAUACACUAAAACUGAUUUAAGCUAAAGCUGUUUUGAUGCCUUUCUUGUUGCUUUAAAUUUGUAUAAAUCAAACUCAGUGCUUAAAAUUACAAUACUUUGUAUAAUUUAGAAAUAAGAAUUAAAAUAGGAAAUUGUAUACACUAUAGUGUCAGGCAUACAAACAUGUAUUUCACUAUAGUUGUAAAAGUGCUGUAAUUGUCCCGCCCUCCUUGGCUGAGAUCAUUAAAUUUGAUCAGGUGACUAUAUCCAUAGUGUCCCUCUAAGUGGUCUGCUGGGAUAUCUCUCUCCCCCUCAAGUCAGUGGAUAGUAAAUACAGAUCUGCACACAUCAGUCAAGCAUUAGACCUGCUUUUCCCACAGAAAAUAGAUUCUUGAUUGGCAAAUGAGUUCAACAAAGAAUUUUUUAUUUAUUUUUUGCCUCAUUUUAUUUUAAACAUGGAUUCCUUGGUAUGUCUGCUGAAACACAACUUAGGCAGAGGUGCAAAACCAGUGAACCACUUAUGGACACUGCUCUACCUAUUUUGUGUAUUGAUAUUUAUUUGUGAUGAUAUGCUAUUGUUUUCCUCUUUUGGUUGCUUAGCUUUGUAUUAUUGAUUAUUUUCGCCAUCCCACUAUAACCAGUCAAGCAGUUUUACACUUAGCUGGGUCACUAGGUCCAAGCCUCAUUUCACAUCUACAUAAAGUGUAACUUCUUAUUUGGAUAGUAUUCGGUGGUUGAGAGAUUAUGCUCUCUUGCCCAUUAAAUUAUGACCAAACACAUUUGGAAGUAGGGUAUCUGAAGAAUAUGCUGGACCAGGAGUGCAUUGGGGACUCAGAUAGGAAUCAGAGUAUAUAGUUGUGGUUAUUACUUUUACAGUGGAACUUCGGAACUCUAAAUUAGUUCAGAUUUGUUAGAGAACCAAAUCAACAUUUCCCAUAAGAAUUAAUGUAAAUUUGAUUAAUCCGUUCCAGCCCCCUAAAAUUACAGCAUUUUAACACAAAUAUUAUAAUAUAAUAAUGCCUUGCGUGCAUAAAAAGCAAAGGAAAAGAAACACAAUGUAACUUCACUUUGGCGUAAGAAGAGAUAUUAUUGUAUGAAUGGGGAUACGUAACUGUUCUUAUGGCUUUUAAAAUGUGUCUAAUUGAACAUGUUUGUAGCAUGAUUUGUUGGGGUACCGAAGAUCGGUCGCGUACCAAGACAUUUUUUACUCAUAAUGUUUGUUCGACUUCCGAAUUGUUUGAGAAUGGGACUGUUAGAGUUCCGAGGUUCCACUGUAUUAAGGUUCUCUAUGGAGAAUUGCCCUUGCAGCUUCAGUAGUAAAGGCCAAUGAAUCAAAUUUUAGGAAAUAUCAAGAUGGCAAUUGACUUUCUCUGGUGUCAGAAACAAGUCUGAGAUUAGCAACUAGAUCUGUGUGGAGGUAUUAAAGGAACACUUUAGUUUUGGGAAUAGAGACCUGUAUUACUAACAAUAGUGUUCCUCUGUCUUCUUCCACCUCCACCCCCCUCCCCUUCCUCUUCAAACUAGCUUAGAAUUGUUUUGGGACAGCAUUGAAGGUCUCACUGAUCAUAACCACCACUCUGAUAAUGUGGAUAUGGUAAAAUUAAUCUGUUGUCUUUUGAAACUUAUAUCUCACUGCUAUGCAUUUUUUUUUUUUUUUGUCUCUGUUCUGUUACAGCUGAAACUGAACCUCACGAAGGAAAGCGUAAAGUGGAAUCAUUGUGGCCUAUUUUCCGAAUUCAUCAUCAGAAAACGCGCUACAUAUUUGACCUUUUCUACAAAAGGAAGGCCAUUAGCAGAGGUUUGUUUUCAUUCCCAAAUCCAAUCUUGCAUACAGUUUAAUAUCUGGAAUUCUUAAUAUAAAAUGUAGGAACUGUAGAGCAUUAACUCAAGCUUCAAAAUUAGAUUUUUGUUUUAGCAAACAGAAUACAAAUGCUACAAAAAUAGUUUUGGCUCAUUAAUUUUUGUAAUGAAAGCAGCAGUAUAACUGUUUGCUGAGAUGGGAUUCAGGUUUUAAUUUUUUAUUUAUUUAUUUAUUUUUUUUGUAGUUGGUAGCACAUUUCACCCAGAAAACAUGGUGGUGGUAACCUAAUGUUUAAAAAGUCGUGUAUUGCAAAAUCCAAAAAAUGUUUAACUAUUACCAUACCAUUAUAGUACUUUUUGCAAUCUAAUUUACUUGUGCAUAUUCUGUUACCCAGGACAAACACUUAUUCAGAAUAGCUUCUUUACACUUAAUAAAUAACCAAUUAAUCUUAAAAUAUUUAUUACUUCCAGAAAACACUGAUUGUAUUUUGUAAAUGGAAUAAAUGUUUGUGUUCCUGUAGUAGAUUUUUUUUUAAUUUUUUUUAUCAGCUUUGUAAUGGGAUAACUCAGCUGGAAAAUGCCCAAACGGCAGCUAAAUAAUGAACUUGGAGAACUUUUUUUUUAAAGGAACACUCCUUACUUUUAAUUUUACUGGAGGUAAUGGAUGUUGUUCUCUUAUGGUAUUAAACGGUAUUAGAACAGUUUAACCCAAAAGUGCUUUACAGCUCCUGUCCUGCUGGACCCUCUGCCUCAUGCUGCAGAAGCAUCAGUGGGACAUCCGUGAUGGGCUGAGAACAUUGUGUAAGAUUCCAACUCAGGCGCUUCAACAACUUAAUUCAAAUUAAGUAGUUCUGGUGACCAGAUUGAUCCUCUUUUAAAGCGGCUGCUUUAUAAUUAUGGUUGCUGUUUGCUAUAAAGAAUUGUUAAUCAGUGGUGUGUGGGUUUUUUUUUUUUCCUCAGAAUUGUAUGAUUACUGUAUCAGAGAAGGAUAUGCUGAUAAAAACCUAAUUGCAAAGUGGAAGAAACAAGGAUAUGAAAACUUGUGCUGCUUGCGUUGUAUACAGACACGAGACACCAACUUUGGAACAAACUGUAUUUGCCGGGUGCCGAAGAGCAAGCUGGAAGUGGUAAAUAUUAAACAUUGUUUUUAUUUAACUGUUUAACUUAUUGAACGAUUGGAAUCUGUUUGAGGGUUUGUUCUAUUUUUUUUUUCCCUUUUGGUUCUCACAAAGCUUUUUAUCUUGAACAAAAUAAAAAAUGAAUCUGUAAGCUAUUGCAAGGUCAGUUAUGUAAUAAGCCAUUUUAGGAUUUUUUUUUUUUUUUUUUUUUUUAAAUCAGAUGAACAUACUUAGCAGUUGUUAUAGAUCAUAGCCACCUGUUAACUGCAACUGUCUAUGCAGACUGUGGCUGCAGCGACUGCAUGAGGGGCUCCCUUGCACUCCAGAGAUGUGAUAUAACUUCCUGCUGGUUGUGAAUGACAGGAUUAUUCACAAAAGUGAGAUUUUCAAAGUAAAUUUUUCAAAUUUAAGGUCAAACUAGCCUAACUUAAAAAUGAUCUAUGUCAACAAUGCUUUCGUUUUGGCUACCCUAGUUUAAGUAAAGUGUCUCUAUUGCCCUUUGUGCUCCCCCGUAUAGUAUCCUUUUGAAAUUCACUAAGUAACCGUGUUGGCGAGCCCUAAAGAUGGCCUGCUGUAUGGCUAUUAUGCAGAGCUUGCUUGAUUUCUAUAACUUUAGGAUCACAGCUUUGCCUUUAAUAUUGGUCUGUCUCUUCCUCAAAAUGUGUAGUGUUGCAUUUGUUGAUUUUUUUUAAAUGCUGUAAUACAAAUGUUUGGCAAUUAGGUGCAUUUAUAAGAAACACUUACUUUAGUUGAGGCUUGUAGUUCAUGUAGGUGUUCACGAAAGUACACUUUGAGGUUUUUUUUUUUAACUUUUUUUUUUUUUUUGCAGGGGAGGAUUAUUGAAUGCACACACUGUGGCUGUAGAGGGUGCUCUGGAUAAAAACUUAACACUGAAGAGGGGCUGCAUGGUUUUCCGACGAUAAAUCUGUUCUAUUUCUUUUCUUAAUGUAUAUCUGUAUUGUGUGUAAUAAAUAUUGCUUUUAUUGCUCGUCUGCUGUAUUGAUGUUGAAUUUUAUGCUGUUGGCAAAACUAGAAUAUAUAUUGUCUUUCUAAUUUUCGAUUUUCAGAAAUUUAAAAUAACUUCAGGCAAUUAUCAAAAAUUUGUUUUAUUAAUCCAUGUCGGAUGGUAGAUGCUCCUUAAGCUUACGUUUGGUCUUGUAUUUUUCCCACGGAUGUGGUGUUUCUUCUGCUGCCAUCCAUCCUAACCAGCGAUUAUAAUAGCCACGGAAACCGUCAAUCUUCUCCAGGAAUACAUUCUUACCCUGAUACUAGGAUUUAGAAAGGAAUAAGUAAAUAUAAUUGUUGAGGAAUAUCUUAACUGGUACACAGUUGUUUUAGAACAGUCUGCUGCAUGCCUAUGAUCAAGUGUUUAAGAGUAAACCCCUGCACC